AUGCAACACGUUGUGCUGUUUGAGGACGAUGUGGUGCACUGGAUGCUUGACUUUCUCCGGCGACGUGGCCUGCUGCAGUCCAUGAGAGCCCUGGAACGCGAGGCAAACGUGUGCACACUCGCAGGCAUCACGCAGGAAGGGCUGUACCUGCGUUCGCUCGUGCUCGACGGCAAGUGGAGUGCGCUGCACCGCGCCCUCGACGUCCUGCUUCCUCCCCUCUCUCCCUUCUCCUCGUCCUCCACCUCAACACCCGCAUCACCCGCACGCAACACGCGCUCUGGAGGGCGCACGCAGCCGCCCACCGUUAGCCCAGAAGCAGCGCGGCAGCUGCGCUUCCUCGUCAAGCGCCAGGAGUACAUCGAGCUGCUGGCCUUUGACCCGGCCACCGACGAUGAGCUGCCAGAGGCUAUCAAGGGCAAGGUCCUCGCCAUACAACAGCAGCAGCAUCAACAGAAGCAGCAGCAGCAGCAGGCCGGCGGAAACACCGCCACCCAUGACGCUGCACACCGGCACGGUGUUGGAGGGGGAGGAGGGGGUGGUGGUGGUCAUGAUGGUCGCGGAGGCGGUGGUAUCAGCAACCCCCAGCGUGCAGGCGUCGUGUCGCCAGCCCUCAACGCCAUGAUGAUGGCCAACGGGCAAGCAGGCGGCGUCACCACCACGGGCGCAGGUGCCCCCAUCAGCAACGGUCAUGCUGGCAGCAGCGGAGGCGGCAGUGGCGGUGGCGUCAUCACGGAGGGCCAUCUUGUCAUCAGCAAAGCGCUGCUCACGGCUGUGCUGGCGCUGCUGGCGGAGAUGAAGCAGCUGUGCACGGACCAGGCUGAGUUUGCGUCGCUGUGCCAGCUGCUCACCCACGAGCGGCUCACAGACGUGCCCUCAUAUCGCACGUGGACGCGUGCGGGCAGCCGUCUCAACCUCUUCGAUCGCGUGCAUGGGAUCCUGGGGCCGAUGCUUGGCAUGCCACCACCAGCAGUAGCCCCACCACCAUCGUCGUCGUCGGGGACACCAGCAGCGGGCAACGGUGCAGCACACGACACGACGGCGCCGCUGUUCCCGCCAGAUUACCUCGACACGCUGCUUGGUCUUGGCCUGAUCCGCCUCAAGCGCGAGCUCAAGGGCGUGUCAGACGCAUACGUGGAGGGCAGGGCGUGA